CACAAAAUUCUACUUGUGAAUUCGCCGCUAUGAUUCAGUUCUAUGUUUUUAGUGUCGGUUAAAACCGUAGCAUUGUGCAUCUCGCUACUCAUCUCUGCAAUGUAUCAUAAGGUUCUUUAAUAGUAUGCUUCGUGGUGCGAGGAUUAGCCAAUUGUAUAUUGCUGACUAGUCCAAGUGUUGUCUGUAAUUUGAACAGUGGACGGAUUGUAAACGUGGUACUUUUGGUACCUGAAGUCUGAGAACAAAAUUGUAACGCUUUCUUAAGGAAGUGAUUAAAAUUAAAGUAGCGAACUGCAGAGCAUUUGAAUUAGACUUACAUUCAGAUGUCUAUGAGGUGUCAAAAUAAAUUUUAAGAGUAAUGUGUAUUGACAGUAUGAGAGUUGGUGGAGGCCGAUGUCCUCCACUCCUUGUUGGAGGACUUCUUAUUGCCUGUUUGAUGCUCAUUUGCAACUGGUGGACGUCGUCCUCGGAAAAUUUGGAAUUACUUCGCCAGAUUGAUGACUUUAGUGAACAGCUUAAAAUCAGUGCAGAAGAAAGAGAUCAGUGUGUGACGCUUCGUGGCAAUUUGGAGCAGCGGUACCAACAUUCAGAAGUGUUACAAACUAAAUUAAAAAAACGUAAUGAGGAAUUAGAAGAAGCUAAUACAAUAUGUAAGAGUGAAUUGGACUCACUGAACAAACUAGAUGCUGUAAGAACAGCCACACUGGACACACUGAAGUCAGAAAAAAAUUCAAUAAAUUCUCAAUUAGAUGAAGAAAAGGAAGAUAAUCGAAAACUUUCAAAAAAAUUAAUGGAGGUUCAAGAUGAACUACAUAGAUUAAAAAGUGCACAAAAUUCACCUGCAGAUCAAGAAAGUAAGCCAGUUGAAACGGGAACGUCUAAUAUUGUAUCUCCUAUCAUCCCUACCGAACAAGGUGUAGAUAAUGGACAUGGAAACGAUGACGAUAAUCAUGUAGAAGAAUCAAAUAUUGAAGACGAGGUAGAAAACACAGAGGAUGAACCAAACUUAGGAAAUCUCAAUAAUGAAGUUGCAAAGGAAAAGUCAGAAAAGAGGGUGGCGAAAUAACAAAAUAAUAUACUAUUAUUUACAAUGAAAUUAAUUAAAUAUUUUACUUAUAUAUAUUGGAAAUUUAUAAUGAUAAGUAUUACUUAUAUAAUUUUUAUACGAGAGAAUAUCGUAUAAUUUCCUGGUGAUGUCUCUAUAAAAAUUUAGCAUGAUCAUGAUGGCGAGUCUAUCAUCAUCUCCUUGACGUGCCAUCUAAAAGAGGGAAUGUAUAAGAGAAACCGACAUUCUCAGAUUUGCUUCAUUCCAUUUUUUUUUGUUAUAACGAGUCUUGGGAUAAACUCGAAAUUUUUCAAAAACAAAAAAAGUCGUAAGUGUACAAGACUGUUUAUUACUUUAGCUGUGCUGUAACAAUUCUAUCUCCUUUCCCAGUUUAUUACACUUUACUUACAAUUGAUUAUAUUUCUAAUCUACACUUUUUUUUUAGGUGCGAAUAUUGUGAGGUAUUCGAAUCCUUCCUAUAAACCAUAUAAUUAAAUUAUAUUAUCAAUGGUGGCAGUUAAUUUACCGUAUCAUGCCUUAGAGGCCACUUUAAGGUAAAUUAUGAAGGAUUUGAAUAAGCACGCUUAUGUACUUCUAUUGAUUGUUAUACAAUGAUAUUAUAUCAUUGAAUAAAUUUUGUUUCCGUCGCAAUGGAAAUACAUUAAAAUACCAA